AUGGAGAGACAUUUCAGAUCACGAUCCGUUUCAGUAGUGGGACGAGCGUUUCAUACGGUGGACGAGCGUUUCAAACGGUGGACGAGCGUUUCAAACGGUGGACGAGCGUUUCAUACGGUGGACGAGCGUUUUUUAUUUGCCCCCUUGUUCAUUCCGGGACUGGGGAUAGACGAUGCCUUUCGUUUGUUUGAGAUUUUAGUUACUUGGAAAGACACUGCACUUUGA